UCUCCCACCUCCGCGAGCCCAGGCCCUAGCACCCCCAGCCCCCCGCGGGCGUGCCGCAGCGGGCAGCGGGGGCGGGGAUGGUGAACUUGGCCUCUAUGGUGUGGAGGAGACUCCUUAGGAAACGCUGGGUGCUCGGCUUGGUGUUCGGGCUGUCGCUCAUCUAUUUCCUCACCAGCACCUUCAAGCAGGAGGAGAGGGCAGUGAGAGAUCGGAAUCUCCUCCAGAUUCAAGACCGUGAACAGCCCAUUCCAUGGAAAGUGCAGUUCAACCUGGGCAACAGCAGUCGCCCAAGCAACCAGUGUCGGAACUCCAUUCAAGGGAAGCUUCUCAUUACGGAUGAGCUAGGUUACGUCUGUGAAAGGAAGGAUCUGCUCGUGAAUGGCUGCUGUAACGUCAAUGCCGCCAGCGCCAGGCGCUUCUGGUGUGAUGGCUGCUUGGCCAACGGCUGCUGUGGCGCCUACGAAUACUGUGUCUCCUGCUGUCUGCAGCCCAGCAAGCAAUUACUCUUAGAAAGGUUCCUCAACCAGGCUGCGGCGGCAUUCCAGAAUCUCUUCAUGGCCGUGGAAGAUCACUUUGAGCUGUGUCUGGCCAAAUGCAGGACUUCGUCCCAGAGCGUGCAACAUGAGAACACCUACAGGGACCCCAUUGCAAAGUACUGCUAUGGAGAGAACCCGCCAGAACUUUUCCCUGCCUGAGGAGGGAUGGCGGUGGAAAGAACACAGGAGGCUGGACCCUGGAGAAGACUUCAUUCAGCCUGUGCUCGGAUCGGGGAAGGGUAUCUCUUCGGACUCAACAUGAGCGCAGGGGCUAGAAGACUUCCCCCUCCAGUGGGUGCUGGUCCUCUGCCUGCCCCAGUGUGAGCUGGAGGAGGAUGCCAACAGGGACCAUGAGACCCAGCCACCCACUCGCUCUCCCCCUGCUGGGCGGACGGGUUCUCUCGGGCCACAGGUGGUUGGAGUUCCUCCAGUGGGGCAGAUCUUCCCCCUUUCCUUUCCCCUCUCCUCCCUUUCUACAGAAGGGAACUGGGAGUUCUGCCCCUUUGGAUGGGCUUUGGGUUCAAUGUUCUGCUUGUGGCCUAAGCCUGGCUUUGUAUAUAAUUGUAAAUUAUUUAUUGGACGGGUUUGGGAGAGUAGAACAGAGAAGUAGUUCCUGCAGCCAAAACCUAUUGCCUUUCAGCUUCUAGUCCGACGUGCCCCAGAGCAAAAGAUACGAUUUCUGCCCAUCCCUCCGCUUAAUUCAGAGGAUGCUUGUACGCAUCAGUGGCUCUUUUCCAGGGGCUCAGGCUUCUCCCACCCAGGAACAGUGGAAUGUCUUCCAGGGGAGGGAGGGACAAGCCCUGAUGCUGAACGUUCUUAAUGUCAGCGGUGCCGGGUGACCGUCAGCCUGACGUACGGAAUAAUCGGAUACCUCCCCGGAGACGCGGCUGGUCUCUCCUUAGGGGUUGGCUCACGCCCUGGCAUUUAAGGGAACCGGGUCCCCCCCCCCCCCCCGAGUUUCAGGCUAGAAUCGUCCAGAAGUUUCUGAUUCUCCACGUCCUGCCCCGAGUUGCUCCCUGGAAAAAUCAGCCCCGUUUCUGUUGGCCACGAUGGAACUGUUGAGCGCGCCCUUGCUGUGUGCGCCUGUGUCCGGGGCCAACGCGCUGUCUGUCGCGUGCUUUCUGCAUUGCUUUCCCCUGCCCUGAACUGACAUUUCGGGUCCUCGUUUCCCAGUUUUGAGAGGUCUCCCUCUGUUUUUAUGCCCCCGGGCUGAGAAGAGGGGUGGCCACUUCCGUCACUAUCUCUUGAUGGGUUGGUGCGUCGCCGUCCCCCAGAUUUUGGAGCUGAUGAAGAAAGAGGCUUUGGGGAGGUGAUCCAGAGAACACGGCUGUGGGAGUCCAGAGACCCGAGUUCAGAUGUCUCCGUAUCUUGCUCUUUGCUGUCUGUAUAAUUGAGAGUGCUGGAUUGAAUGAUUUGUAGAAUCCCUUUUAACCUUGAUUCUCUGUUCUAGCUCCCUGUCCUUCCAGCCAACCUCCUCUCUGCCCAGUUCUGAUGCUUUCUCAGGAUGUUCUGUGUGCUAGGUGACCCCUCCCCAGAUUUGCCCCCUGCGCUAAGGGCCCCCCCAGCUUUGCUGCUUGCUUCAGAUGCUAAAUGCCCCCCCAGCUUUGUUCUUGUUCUGUGUGCCAAGGGCCCCCCAGCUUUGCUGCUUGCUUCAGAUGCUGUUUGCUCCCCCCGCUUCGCUUCUUGUGCUAAGGGGUCUGUCGCCCCCACCUCCGCUCCAGCUUUUCUCUGUGUGCUAAGGGCCCCCCAAGCUUUGCUCCUUGUUCUGUGUGCUAAGCCCCCCCAGCUUCGCUGCUUGCUUUACAUGCUAAGCCCCCCCCCCAGCUUUGCUUCCGGCGCUAAGACCCCCCAGCUCUGCUGCUUGCUUUGCGUGCUAAAUGUCCCCCAGCUUUGCUUCCGGCGCUAAGCCCCCCAGCUUUGCUGCUUGCUCUGUGUGCUAAAUGCCCUCCCCCCGCUUUGCUGCUUGCUUUAUGUGCUGUGAGCUCCCCCCCCCCCCAGCUUUGCUCCUUUCUAUGUGCUAAGAGCUCCCACUGCUCAGCUUUGCUGCUUGCUUCUUGUGCUAAAGCCCCCCCCCCCCCCGCCAGCUUUGCUUCUUGCGCUAAGCCCCUCUGCCAGCUUUGCUGCUUGCUCUGUGUGCUAAAGCUCUGCCCCCCCCAGCUUCGCUCCUGGCUCCGUGUGCUAAGGGCCCUCCUGUGUCCCCCCCCCAGCUCUGCUCCUCACUCCAUGCUAAGGCUCCCCCCUCCUAGCUUUGUUCCUUAUUCCAUACGCUAAGGGCCCCCCACCAACUUUGCUGCUUUGUCUGUGACUGAGGGCCCCCCCCCCCUCCGUGUGCUAAGGGGUCCCACACACAGGCCACAAACCUGAUUCUUUCUUGGGCUCAAUGGGAAGAGCUCCUCCCCCUGGCCGCCCUCCCAGCCCACUUCCCCCAAGGGCUGAUGCUUUUUUGGACAGAAUGGUGAGGCCUACACUCCCGCCGGACGCUCUGAUGUUUUCCUGGUCUGUGCCCCAAGAGCUCCCCCCGCCCGGCCUUCCUCCCCAGCUUGAAUGCUUGUCUGUGUGACAAAGGCUUCUCCCUCGGUUUGGGAGCAAAGUGCGUUCUCUCCCCUCCCCCCAAAAGCUCUGAUGUUUUCUGCUCAUGUAGUAAGAGCCCCCCCCCCCCCCCCGUGUGCUAGGGGCUCCUCCUGUUUCCCCACCCCAAUAAAAAAGCUCUGAUACUUUCUUGGUCUGUGUACUAAGAAUUCCCCCAACUGAUGCUUGGUCUGUGUGCUAAGAGCUCUUCCUGCCUUGCCACCUCCCCCCCCCCAAAAAAAAAAUUCUGAUGCUUUCUUGGUCUGUGGCUAGAACCUCCUCCCUCCCUCCCGCCUUCCUUCUCCUCCUUGCCCCCCCCCCCCAGCUCCAAUGCUUGCUCUGGGUCCUCCCCCCUCCCCCUGCUCAAACUGAGCUCUUAUGUUUGUGGUGAUACCUGUUUACAUUACACGGAUCCUGAACAAUGUCUCAUUCAUUCUCACUGUCAUACUUUGGGUGUGCACCCGUCUGUGCUCUUGCUUCCCUUCUCUAGCCUCCCAUUAUCUGGAGGUGGCAUUCCCUUCCACCAUCUUGGAUUCCAGCAGGCUUUAUUUCCUGUCUCCAUCCUCUUCGUCCCCAGUCAGUUUCUAGUUUUCUUAUCACAUCCGAUAACCACCGUCACACGUUUUCCCCUUACCUUGGACCCAACAACCUUGGGAAGCUUGGCUGUUGGGUUCUUCUUGUCAUGCACAAUAACCACCAUUACAUUUUUCUGCCUAUUACCUUGGACCCAACAACCCUACGGAAGGUUGGGUAAUGUGUUCGGUUGUGGUCAUGUAGAAUUAACUCACCAUUACGUGUUUUCCCCCUUACCUUGGACCCAACAACCCUACGGAAGGUUGGGUAAUCCGCUCUCUUGUCAUGUAGAAUAACUCACCAUUACGUGUUCUCCCCAUUACCUUGGACCCAACAACCCUACGGAAGGUUGGGUAAUGUGUUCUGUUGUGGUCAUGUAGAAUAACUCACCAUUACGUGUUUUCCCCCUUACCUUGGACCCAACAACCCUACGGAAGGUUGGGUAAUCCGCUCUCUUGUCAUGUAGAAUAACUCACCAUUACGUGUUCUCCCCAUUACCUUGGACCCAACAACCCUACGGAAGGUUGGGUAAUGUGUUCUGUUGUGGUCAUGUAGAAUAACUCACCAUUAGGUGUUUUCCCCCUUACCUUGGACCCAACAAUUCUACAGAAGGUUGGGUAAUCCGCUCUCUUGUCAUGUAGAAUAACUCACCAUUACGUGUUUCCCCCCUUACCUUGGACCCAACAACCCUACGGAAGGUUGGGUAAUGUGUUCUGUUGUGGUCAUGUAGAAUAACUCACCAUUAGGUGUUUUCCCCCUUACCUUGGACCCAACAAUUCUACAGAAGGUUGGGUAAUCCGCUCUCUUGUCAUGUAGAAUAACUCACCAUUACGUGUUUUCCCCCUUACCUUGGACCCAACAAUUCUACAGAAGGUUGGGUAAUCCGCUCUCUUGUCAUGUAGAAUAACUCACCAUUACGUGUUUUCCCCCUUACCUUGGACUCAACAAUUCUACGGAAGGUUGGGUUUCAGAUACUAUUCUAUAUAAGAGACUCAUAGGGUCAUUUGGCUAAAAAGUGGAAGAGGCAGAGUUUGAACUCCGAUCUCUCCACUGUAUCCUGCAUUCUUCCUUUCCGCUUGCUGCGUUUCCCUCGAUUCCAGCCCCUUGACCAGGACCAUCUUUAUAAGCUUCUUAAGAUGGCAGCUUGAUUGGCAGCCCUUCCUUUUUGCCUUUUCCUCUUGGCACUGGCCUUUGUGUUUGGUGGGGCUUUCUCUGUGUGUAACUUGUUUUCAAUGGUGCUGACUUAAUAAAAUGUGUCUCUCAAAGUGA